UCACCGGUGUUUGUGUCGACUCUCUGUUCGUAUAUAUCAUAUAAUAAGUGACAUAAAAACUUGUUUCAACUUUUCUUUUGCCAAUAAUAUCUAUAAUAUCUCUCUUUAAUAAAACACAACAACACUUACAGUCAUUCAAUUGAAACCAACUUUGCAUUCAAUCAUUCAAUCGAUUCAUUCAAAUAUCAUUAAUUGAGGCAAAAAAUAUUGCAAAAUAUCAGACAUAAAGGGUUAAUACAUUUGCAUCAUUCAAACGAUAACUAAAUUGAUAAAAUGUCGGACACUUCGGCCAAACAAGUGGUUCUGGUGACGGGUGCGAGCGGUUGUCUCGGCCAACACAUUGUGAAACUGCUUCAGGAAAAGGAUGACAGCGUCCGAGAGAUCCGAUGCAUGGAUUUAAAGCCAUAUCAAAAUAAUUUGCAGCACAAGACUGAGAAACCGAUGACAAUAAUCACUGCAGACAUACGUAAUGAAAGGGCAGUCGUGAGGGCUCUCGAAGGCGUCGAUUGUGUCAUACAUUGCGCCGCUUUAGUGGACACCAGUCUCUGGCCAGACGUCAAGUCAAUGCAAAACAUUAAUGUCGACGGAACUCAAAUAUUGAUCGACGCGUCCGUUGAGCUGAACGUUAAAUACUUUGUAUACGUUAGCAGUGCUGAUGCGGUGGUCGGCGACGAUCCUAUCUAUUUCGGGGCCGAGAAUACCACUCCUAUCCCUAAGCGACACAUUCUUCCCUAUUCUAAGACCAAAUUGGAUGCAGAAGUGAUUGUUAAGGAGGCCAAUGGAAGACCGCUUCCAAAUGGCACUGAUAAACUGCAGACUAUAAUCGUGAGACCGUCGCUAUUAUAUGGCGAAGAGGAUCAACAUUUUGUGACCACUGCUCUACGGAUAGCUAAACAACAUUCGGGUGUUUUGCGAACCAUUGACAACGUGUUCGUACGGAUCCAACCGACAUAUGCGGGUAACGCCGGCUGGGCCUGCAUUCGGGCCAAAGACAAACUACAGACCGACGAGUCGGUCGCCGGCGAAGAGUUCUUCGUGACGGACGACACGCAAAUUCUGGAUCCGUUUGAAUUUCUGGCCCCAUAUGUCCAGUGCAGGGGUUAUAGCCUAUCGCAGCGAUCGUAUCCCUAUUGGCUAUUCAUGAUAAUCAUGUUUUUUAUCGUGCAAUUCAUUCGCCUCUUGUGGUCAGUCUAUCCGAUAGAACUGCCGAAAGGAUUAACGCCACAAAACAUGCGAUAUCUUUGCAACACUUACUUCUUUAACCGCAAUAAAGCGAUUCUCCGAUUAGAUUACGAACCACUCUAUGGUCACGAAGAAUGCCAACAAAAAUCCAUUCAAUACUAUAAAAAGUUAUAUUUAUAGUCCAUUUUAGACAACAAUCGCGAGUAUAUAUUAUUAUGAAAAUACAAAUUCAUUGAAUUAAACAACAAAUUAGCGUUAAUUUGUGAGGAAAACAUAUUACACAAUACGAAAGAAGACAACGAAAUGACUUUUAUAGUGUAUUUUUAAGGAGAAUUUGCUUUUAUUUUUCAAUACUUUAAGAAUUGUUUUGAAUUCA